AUGGUGGGAAGAAUGCUUCAGCGACCCAACCAAGAGGAGUCGGAGGUUAUUUCUGUAAGCCUCAAACCAGCCACCAAGUCAGAUGGCGUGAAAGAACACGGUAGCUCAAGGAGUGGUGAGGAGGUUACCCCAAAUUGCGUAGAUAAUAUGCAAUGUCUUCAGCAGGAGAUCGAAGACUCUCCGGACAAAGGUGACAGUCCAAACCGCCGCCGAUUCUGUGAUAUACUCAGCAGCCCAAAGUUCAAAAAUAGUCCGAGACUCUAUUGGAUUUUGCUAGCUGUCGUGUUAGUGACGAUGAUUGCCGUCGCUCUCAUCUUAGGUCUCUUCUUGGGCCUUUCGCACCAUCUAACCCGUGCACAAAUGCUCAACCUAACUGUCGACCUUGGGUACUCAAAAUAUGUGGGAGUCGAUGAAGAUGGAGGAGUCACAAAAUGGCUGGGAAUUCGGUAUGCUGCUCCACCCACAGGCGAAUUGCGAUUUAGGGCGCCUUCAGACCCGAUUUCCGACGAUAAAACACAUCACGCAGACAAACAGCAUGCUGCCCUCUGUCAUUCUACACCCUCUACAGCUCUUAAUCCCAACACAACUGAAGACUGUCUUUUUCUUGAUGUCUAUGCGCCUUCGUCGAAACCAGGCCUUCAUCCUGUCUAUGUUUUUAUCCAGGGUGGUGGACUUAACAUCCUUGCGAAUCCAAACCUAGAUGGAGGAAAACUUGUGAGAGCUGGUGAUUUCGACAUCGUAGUCGUGACCUUUAACUAUCGAGUCGGGCCGUUUGGAUUUUUAGCAAGCAAAGAAAUCAAAUCUAAUGGCGAUCUAAAUGUGGGACUAUUAGAUCAGCGUAAGGUCUUUGAGUGGAUCCAAAAACAUAUCAAUAAGUUUGGUGGUGACCCAGAUCAUGUGACUCUAGGUGGUAGUUCGGCAGGCGCAGGAUCAGUCGCCCUUCACCUCACCGCUUACAGUGGUCGAAAUGAUGGUCUCUUUCACGCAGCCGCAGCCGGAAGUCCUUCAUUUGGUGCUAAACAAACAGUUGAAGGCUUGCAAUAUCAAUACGAUACGCUUGUUGACAGGGUGAACUGCAGCUCGUCCGCAGAUACUCUUCAAUGUCUCCGAGAUCUCGAUAUCAGCAUCCUUGCUGAGCACAAUCAGGUCAUUCCAGUACCCGAAAGUGAGGAAGGCUAUCCGGUCUUCACAUAUUCGAAUGUUAUUGAUGGAAACUUCAGCGUUGACAAUACAUAUAGCCUUCUCACUGACGGGAAAUUUAUUAAAGUCCCCAUCAUAUUUGGUGACGAUACAAAUGAGGGCACAAUAUUUACUCCAUCAGCAAUCAAUACUACAACUGAAAUGAACCACUUCCUCAAAAACAACUUUCCAAAGCUCGACCAGACCCAAAUGGAUCGCAUUGAUAAAUUCUAUCCACGGGCUCAACAGUUUCCUGAUCGCGGUGAGUACUGGUGCUCGGCUGCCAAUGCAUACGGUGAGAUGCGAUAUACCUGUCCGGGAAUCCAUAUAAACUCACAAUUCUCCAACUACGGUGCACUGGAGAAUUGGAAUUUUCAUUGGGAUGUACUAGAAAACAAAAAUGCUCUAUCGGGGCUGGGCGUGACUCACACGGCGGACCUCACAUCAAUUUGGGGAACGUCGGUGCCGCCGGAAAAAGAGCUCAUUCCUACUAUCCAAAGUUACUGGACAUCGUUUAUCCGCACCUACAACCCUAAUACCUAUCGUCUCAAAGAUGCGCCCGAGUGGAAACCAUUUAGCGCAGAUAGCAUGCUGCGCCUUCACUUUGUUACCGCCGCAAAUGUGAGUAUGGAAGCCGUAGACAGUGAGCAAUGGCAGCGCUGCAGCUGGUUGCAAGGCGAGAGCCGCGCACUUGGCAUCUAG